AGAGAGAGAGAGAGAGAGAGAGGCGCACUCCUUCAGCAGAGAGAGAGAGAGAGAGAGAGAGAGAGAGAGAGAGAGAGGGGUCCAGAAAGCUUUGGAGCAGUGGAAGAAGGAAGAAGACUGUAACUGCUGCCAGAUUCCCACUCUGCACGAAGACCAAAGAACAACGUGAAUACUUUUGCUUGAAAAAGUUGAGAGAAGCGGACAUGGACGGGAUAAUGUUCGGACGCGCGUCGGCCCUGUGCACCUUGCUGUCGGCACUGCUGGUUUGCUGUGCGGCUUUGACCGUGAACGUUACUCCUAAGAUGGAGGUGCUGAAAGGAGAAACUGUCAAACUGCCCUGCACGUUCACCGGCGCACCGGCAUCAGCCAACACUAUCGUCGAUUGGUACAUGGACGACCAGGGAGCCAGGAAGCGCGUGGCUUUCCGUCCCCAGGGUGGCGACGCCAAAAUUGACGAGGGCACCCCCCUCACAGGCCGCAUCAGCAUGGGAGAGGACUUCAGCUUGACCAUCACCUCCGCCCAGCCCUCCGACGAGCUCCUCUUCUACUGCCAGGUCAUGGCCGGCCCUUCCGGGGUCGCAGAUGCCUCCACUAUGCUGAAAGUCUUCUGGGCUCCCGAGAAGCCGGUGCUCACGAGGCCGUCGCGUCAGGCCAUUUCCGUGGGAGAGACCACCAGCUCUGAGAUUAGCGCAUGUGUGACGAUGAAUGGGCACCCCCAGCCGAGAAUCAUCUGGUUCAAAGAUGGCCAGCCCCUAGCCGAACACAAGGACAGGAAAGAGAAGACCUUCAUGGUCCCCUCGGUGGUGAAGGAGGCCUCAGGUCUCUACACCAUGAAGAGCACCUUGUACAUGCAGCCCACCAAGGCCGACAAGGACGCCGUGUUCCAGUGCACCGUGGAGUUCAGCAUGCCAGGGGACCAGAUCAAACAGAAGAAGUCCGACACCAUCUCCAUCAACCUCAACUAUCCAUCGGAGACAGCGACCUUUUCCCUCGUCAACGCCGAUGCAGUCAAAGAGGGCGACACGGUCACCAUGAAGUGUGAGACUGACGGAAACCCUCAGCCCGAGUUCGACUUCACCAAAGACGGAGAGGUCAUCAGCGGUCAGGCCGGACUCCUGAUGCUGAAAUCCGUCAAGCGCACAGACUCCGGUUUGUACAAGUGCUCAGCCAUAGAUUUCGACAACAUGGAUGCUGACCUGAGUGGAACAAUCAACCUCAAUGUCCACUACAUUGACCCCGUGAACGUGAUCCCUGUCGAGCCUCAAGUCGUCAAGCUCGGAGACAACGUGGAAUGGCAGUGCAAGACCAAGGCCUCCGCCGCGCACACUGUUCAGUGGAAAAAGGGUGCUGAUGUGCUCUCUCAGGAUGGCACUCUGUCAAUACAAGAUGUUUCCUAUGAUAAAGCUGGACAGUACAUGUGUGUUGGAGCUGUGCCCUCUGUGCCAGGACUGACAGCGGAGUAUAGUGUCAACCUCACCGUCAAAGGAAAGCCGAUGAUCGAGACUCCCGCUGCAGGAGAGGUGGUGAAAGAAGGAGACAUGGUGUCUCUGAAGUGCUCGGCCUACGGCUACCCAGCCCCUCAGUUCACCUGGAAGCCCUCAGGAAAGGAGUCUGUGUCAGUGGAAGGAAACAAGGUGGUGAGCACCGUGACCCUGCAAACCACAGCCGAGAUCCUGAAGGCCGGGGUGACCUGCGAGGUCACCAACGAGCACGGAGCUGAUAGCAAGUCCUUCCCGGUAUCUCUUAAACGAGCAAUUGACAACUCAGCCGACAGAGCUGACAAGCAGCAGGGAGGCUCCAGCGGGGUGGUGAUAACCGUGGUGGUGUGUGUUCUGCUGCUCCUGCUGCUGGUGGCCCUCAUCUACUUCCUGAACAAGAAGCGCAAGUUGCCCUGCAGCAAGAAGGACAAGAAGGAAGUGGCCAGUGGAGAAGUGAACAACGACAUCGUAGUUGAGAUGAAGACGGACAAGGCCAAUGAAGAGGCCGGUCUCCUCAACAAGAGGCCGUCCCCAGAACAGUGUUGAACUGCGUGGAGGAAAACAACCGGCAGAGGGAUGAAGGGAAGGAGGAUAACUGUUAUGAAGACAACAGGGCCAAUUUUUUAUUCACUAUACUAGAGGAGUACUGAGAGGAGGGGACACAAGGGGACACGAGGUGGAGCCUGGACGUGGGUUUGUUCUGGGGACAUCGGGAGGCUUAGCAGGUCUGGCAUCAGUCAUGCUUGUUUCAUAACCUGGGGUAGACCUGCUGGGUGGAGUUACAACCCCAAUUCCUUUUUCUUUUUUUUUUUUUAAAGAUCGACUUUCUUCAGCUCCACCCAUCUGAGCUACCACAGGUUCAAGACUCAUAAUCACUGGAUGACUUCACUUUCAUAGCUUUUUUGUUUUUAUUAUUUUCAUCUAACUCCUUCAAUCACAUCUUUGACUCCACUGCAGAGUAGAGCUGAACAGUACAAACACGGCGGCACAAUCGUUCUUAUCUACCCAAAAUUAAACAGAAAAUGCCAUUAAGCCACCGUGUGUGUAUGUGUGUGUGUUUUAAUCGGAAGUGUGUGUUUGCUUGUUUGCAACACAGAGCGUCUACUCUGCUUUGGAGUCUGCACUUAAACGAUCUGCUCUCUGCCGGGUGUAUCACAGGCUGUCGCUCUGCUUCAUCCACCCCAGUAACAAGUGACGAUUUAUGCUCACAACCAUUUAAUCCCUAAACACACGCCUGUAACCAUUUCCGCUCAAAGAAGCUCCGCGUUUGCUUCAGUGCUGUUUCUUUAAUUGCAUCCCCCCCCCACUCUCCCUAAUUAGUUUCCAGUAGAAACUCCUCGCUCUAGAAUUGCUUGUUUUUUCCAAUCCAGCUAAAAAAAAGCCACUGAAACAAGAAAAGCUAAUAGGUUGUACAAAUUUGUUCUUCCCAUUUCCAGUGUGCUUGUACAUUAUGUUAGUGCACCACUCGUUUGCUUUGUUUUUUUUACUUUGCUCUCCUGUUUUUUUGUUUUUUUUGUGGAUUCAAAUGCUGACCGUGCACGAUGUGGAGCUCAGAAAGCAUCUGUGGUUAUUAAGCCGCCGCCCUAGCACCGUAAUUGCUGUAAUUUCUUCCCAAAGCCUUUUGCAGCCUCCCCGAAUGAAAGCGUUUCUCACGAGCGGCGUCUCCGCUCAGAGAAUCAAAUUAUCCUCGACUUUCGCUGUAAAAUUGGUGGAAUUAUGGUGGAAAUGGUCGACGGGGCUCAAAUAAGAGGCCUGCUGAGCUUGUGUGUGUGUGUUUUGUUUUUCUAACGACAGCCCAGCAGAGCCUCCGGGGGGG